CUCAUAUUAGCUGCGCAUAUCGGUAUCCGACACUGCCAUUUUGUCCUCGGUCGUCUAGAAAAUUGUCUACAAUCUUGGUAACGCCAAGUCACAUUCUCGCAAUGAGCUCGGAGAAGCUGCUUAACGUAAGCGAAGUUGCCGGCCGGGUCCGCCGAGACCGACCCGGCGCGGCCCGACCGGUGACGGUGGCCGUGGCGGCCGGGGCGGGGGUACUGGUGGUGGCGGCCCUCGUCUUCCUCGCUCACGAAGUCAAUCAUGUGCGAGAGAAGUCCUCUCAAGAAGUGUCUCAACUGAAAGAUCAGAUCCUGACGCUGAAGGAUCGUACCUUGGCCAUGGAGAUCAAGCAGGACGCCGCUCAGUGUACUGGAGACAAGGAGGAAGUGACGGCCCUGAAAAUCCAACUGUCGUCUCUGAAGACGGAGUUACAGAAGGAGAAAGCUGACGGGACGUCUCUGAGGGAGAGACUGGCUGUACUGGAAACCAAGUUUCAACUUGGAGUCGAUAGUGAGCAAGAACCAACCUACAGAACCUCUCAUGGGGAUACUGACACCGAUGUGAAACCGGCGAGUCAAGUUGGUGAUGACGUCAAGCUUGGAGAUCACAGCGCCCCCAUGUGGCGGUCUAAGAGAUCGGUCAACACCAUCACAACACCCUACGGCUUAGAUCCCUUCCGGGGUCCCAAAGGACCGGCCGGACGAGACGGGCGGGACGGCCGUGAUGGUGUUCCUGGGCCGCCCGGUCCUCCGUGCGGAUGUGGGGGGUGUAGGGAGCCGUCCUGCGAACAGGGUCCGCCUGGACCAGUCGGCCCGCCUGGAUCAGAGGGUCAACCUGGACCUGAGGGCUCGCCUGGACCACAGGGCUCGCCUGGAUCAGAGGGUCCACCUGGACCACAGGGCUCGCCUGGACCAGAGGGUCCGCCUGGAGCACAGGGCACGCCUGGACCAGAGGGUCCACCUGGACCAGACGGCCCGCCUGGAUCAGAAGGUCAGCCUGGACAAGGGGGCUCGCCUGGAUCAGAAGGUCCGCCUGGACCAGAGGGGCCUCCUGGACCACCUGGAGCAGUAAAUGACAACCACAACUACCGUGAUAUACUGGCACAGAGCAUCUGUACAGCGGCCACCGACCAACGAUCAUUCAUCUUCGCCAUCCGUCGGGAUUGCAGACCUAAUAUCGGGGACGGUCUGACGUGCAAUGACAUUUGCACGUCCCGUCAAGCGGCCAUGAUAGCAUCUGUCAACCAGGGAAGAACCUCAGAUUGCGUUGAUGCCGUACAUGUGCACGGCAAUCGACCUGUCCUUUCACACGACGUCUGGACUGACGCUGGAAAAGUUGGCCUUGCAGCAUAUCGCUAUUUCGGCUAUGGCUGUACCUGGAGGGCUAACCACUGCGGACCAAACUACUGUUGCUGUCGCGUUCGCUACUAGUAGCUCUGGCAUCUUCCCAAAAUUAGAGAUUGUCAAGUAAAUCUAUACAAAACAGUAAGUCGUCUUUUAAAGCCCCCUUCACACGAGAGCAAGAAUCACGCGGAAUGCCGUCAGAAUGUAUUUUUUUUCUAUUCCUGUCAUUUCCUGGCAAUUCGUAGUGUGUUCCAGAAAUUCUCACUGCGUUCCAGCUAUUUGUGCCCGUUCUCUUGGCUGGCCCGACAGAUUUUGACAUGUUAAAAACUGUCGAGAUACAUUUGAAGUGGAGAGAUAUCGAAUGUCAUUCAAGGUAUAUUCUAAGUGUAUUCUAACUAUUCUAACUGCAGUAUGACCGCAUUCUACGGCAUUCCAACAUUAUUCGAAACAUUCUUAUCUCAUUCGAUGGAGAACCGAAA